AUGCGUUCUCUUAUCAAGUACUCUCUUUACUUUAUAGACCUUAACAAUAAGAAUCCUAUAGAUCGUCUCAAUAUUCCUGAGGUUCCCGAAAUGACUACUAUCAAAUUCGAGAAAAUGCAUGCCAAUGGCGACGACUUUGUCAUUGUUGAUCUCCGCGACCAGGACAUCAUAAUCGAUCAGGAUAUUGCGAGACGACUUGGAGAUCGAAAUCGCGGGAUCGGAUUCAACCAACUCGUGGUUCUGUCAGCUUGCAACGAUGCAGCAGCUUAUCUAGCUUUUUGGAAUGCAGACGGUUCAACAUUGAACGCCUGUGGGAGUGCUACCCGUGGCGUGGCUUGGAAGUUGAUGCGCGAAACUGGCUCAUCCACUACGACUCUAAGGACGAUACGGGGACUCCUACAAUGCCACAAGGUUUCGGAUCACUUCAUUGCCGUCAGUAUGGGCUGCCCUCUUAUAGACUGGCGCGAGAUUCCAACCGCCCACGAGGUCGAUACUCUCAGGCUGCCUCUAUCUGGAGAUCCCGCUGCGUGCAAUAUGGGAAAUCCACAUUGCACGUUCUUCGUGGACGAUCUGUCAGCCGUGGACGUCAUGGCGCGUGGAUCAGCUAUCGAAAAGCACCCUUUGUUCCCAGAAAAGACAAACGUUCACUUUGUUCAAGUGCUGACCCCCUCGCACAUUCGACUGAGGAUAUGGGAACGAGGCGGUGGUAUUCCUCUGGGCUCAGGGUCUUGUUCGUGUGGGGCAGUCGUCAACGGCGUUCGCCGCGGCUUGUUGGAGGGCAGAGUGAAAGUGGAGUGCGAUGGAGGAUCUGUUAUAGUGAGCUGGGAUGGCAAAGGAGAUGUAUUCUUAGAAGGGCCAGUAGAAUUUAGCUUUCGUGGUAUCUGGACCGACUGA